AUGGAGAAUCUAAAAAAUUAUGAAAAUCGUGAAUAUAUUUUAAGUGAAACUACUACAACAGCAUCAGAUUCUAUACCUUUUUCUAGUCAAGGCCAAAUUUCAGUUUUACCAACAUUAAAAUUAGAUGAACUUAUAGAUCAUACAUUUCCUAUUAAAAAGAAUGAUCUAAAUUGUAGUAAUAUAACAGAAAUUUCCGAUAAUAUUAAUAAUUUAAUAAAUGGACAAGAAAGUGAUAGUGAGGUAUUAUUACAUUUACCUGAAUUUGAUUCAAGUAUAAAAUUUAUACAUGAUGCACAAAAAUUCUUUAUGGCUUUAUCUAUAGCUGAAUCUGAAUUAGAUCUUGUUAAUAAUUCCAAAUUAUUAAAAGGAAAUAAUUUAGAUAAUUCUGAAGAUUUAAUAGAAUGUCAGAGUGGUGUAAAUUGUUUGAAAGAUAUUCGUUGUUAUGUUGAAGAUUUAUUAGAAACUGUUAAUGAGACGAGAAAAUCCACAUAUAUUUUUGAAAAGUAUAUUUUUGAAUGUUGCAAUUUAAUAGAAGGAUCUUUUAAUAAUGACUUAACAAAUAGAUUACAAGAUUAUGAUAAAUAUAAAGAUGAUUAUAAUCCAGAAUAUCUAAUAAUAUGUGAAAAACUUAAAUAUCUAUGUAAGAAGAUAAUAGAUGACAAUAAUAAUAUGAGAGAAAAGUGUAAAUUAUAUGAAAUUGAAUGUAAUAAAUAUUAUAAUUUAGAUGAAUCAAUAAGUAAUAAAUCAAAUUGGAUUAGAUUUAUAUUUAAAUUGAUCUUUUUUAUUAUUUUUUUUAUAAGUUUACCAUUAUUAAAUAAAUUCCUUGGUUUAGAAGAAAAUAGAUAUAAGGAAAAAAUGGAUAAUCUACAAAAUAUGAAUAAUAUUAUAUUUAAUAAAGCAAAAAAUAUGAAGAAUUAUGUAGAAACCUUAAGUGAAUUUGAUUUACAUGGAUCAUCAAUUUGUACAAUAUUAUCAGAACUUGAUAUUAUAGAGAAAUGUUUUACAAGAAUAAGAUUUUCUUAA